UACGUACGCCGUUUUGGAUCUCAGUACAGAAUCCAGAUCCAUGCAUGGCUUUGUACUCCAUCCACGGGAUCCAAGCCCCAUAAAAACACGAAAUAACACUUCAAGACACUAGGAGUCUACACACGCCCCGUGUACCGGUGCUGGUCUUCUCUACGAUCGACACACUGAAACUUAAUGCGUCACGCGUUUUGUGGCAGCAGAGGAGGAGUAAUCGUUUUGCCGGCAUGCAUGUGAGCUGAGCCGUGCAACCAACUGCAUGCCUCGCUUCCUCUUUUCUUUCUAUAAAGAUCCCACGCGCACGAAUCAUGAGCUAGCCGGAGCCGGCCGCGCUUACAAGUGAGUGAGAGCGGGAGCUAGCAGACCAUUCGGAGAAGAAGAAGAAGAGGAGAGAGGUCUAGUAGAGUCUAGACUCCAGAGUGUGUAGCGAGAGAGAGAGAGAGAGAUGGACUGGUACGCGUGGCUGUCGAAGGCGGGGCUGACGCCGGCGGCGACGUACGAGUACGGGCUGCUCUUCAGCGAGAACGAGCUGGAGCCCGGGGACGCGCCGGACUUCGACCACGACCUGCUCAAGAGCAUGGGCAUCGCCGUCGCCAAGCACAGGCUCGAGAUCCUCAAGCUCGCCAGGAAGGACGCCGCCGCCGCCGCCGCCUCGUCCCACUCCUCAUCCGCCGCGGCUCGGCUCGCGCGCAUGGCCGGCAGGUGCAUCGCCCGGUGCGCGCGCCGGCUGGGCGGCGGGAGGCGGUACUCCUCGUCCUCCGUCACCGUGGUGCCGAGGAUCUGCAACGGCGCGGCCGGGGACGUGGUGGUCCGCGCCGGCGCGGUGCGGCGGAGGAGCAGCGUCAAGAAGAUGGUGCUCAUGAUCACCGACGGCGGCGUCGCGAGCGGCGGCGGCGUCCGGUUCUCCGGGUCCCAGAAGGCCAGCCUCAUGUUCCAGGACUGCGCGUACGACGACCACGACGGCGCCGGAGAGGAGGAGGAGGAGGAGCGGUGCUCCGACGGCGGCAACGCCGGAGGCGAGAGCGAGAUCAAGUGGGACUCCAUGUUCCAGGACCUCAAGCCGACGUGAGCUGAGCUGCGCUGCGCUGCGCGACGGCGCCGAGCUAGCACGUCAUUUUUCUCUUGCUCCCUCGAUCCCUUCUCAAUCGUGUUCGAUCGAAAUUACUGUUUUGUUUUCUUGGUGUGCUUGCGAUUGCGAGAGUGGCCUCUGGUUUCGUCAAAAGAAUGGGUUUGGAGUGAUGAGUGAAGAUCAA